CUGGUCCUUGAUUGAGAGAAGUUAUAAGUGGAUUUGGGAGGGGAAACAGGAUUGCUUAAACCACCUGGGCACUUUGCAUCUGAAUCAAUCAAUCAAUCACUCAUUCAAAAUCAAAUCACAUCGACUCGACUCGACUCGACUCGACUCGACAAUCAACCAACCAACCUUUAUCCAUUCAUUUACUUUAUCUACCCAGGUACAUACCUACCUACAUACCCAGGCGGUGCUAGGAAAGAAAGAUUGAACGAUUGAAAGAUUGAACGAUUCCAAAAUAACAACGUGCGAGGAAAAGAACAACCCAAGAACAUCUCAAAAGUCUCAAACAAACCCUUAGCAAUCUGCAUUUGAACCUUCCCGGUCAACUUGCCUUGCGCAUUUUCUACUUCUGCAUGUUCUAAAGAAAGCAAACUUGAUUCAAAGCCGAAAGCCUGCUGAUUUCCUUUUCAUCCGCGCCACCAUCCAUCCGUCCAUCUAUCCAUCCACCCACCCAACCAGCAUUCAUUCAUUCAUCUGACGCCAAAAGAUUUCUACUUCAUGUUGAAUUGAACGCCCUAGUUUGUCAACCACAACCUCAAUCUCAAUCUCAACCAACCAUUGAUAACAAAAACACCUUUUUUUACACAAGAGACACAGUAUUUGAGAUAUUCUCCAAAGGAUCUCAAGAAACUCUAAUCCAACCAUCGACUUCGACUUCGACCUUGAUUCUAAUCCUGACAUUCGUUUGUACUCACUCCCUUCUCAUUUCGAUCAAGAAGGAUUCUUGGAUACACUUCCUUUCUUUGUAAAUUCUGCUGGCCAUCUGGAAGACCUCAAUCUUCAUCCUUCACUUCUCAGCCGUUAAAACUAACGACACUCGAUACCUUUUACGAUAAUACUCUAUGAAUUUCGAACUUCACGAUUUGAUCCGAGCUUGCUGUUGAUUGCCGCCCGAGAACUUUGAAAGGAAUUGAGCGUGUUCUUGAUCUACUUUCACUCUUCCAUUUUACGAACCCGUUACGAAUUCCACAUUCCAGAACAUCAACCACAACCGCCUUGGCUGACGUAGCACAUGCCAUUGCACUCAUAAGAUUCUAAUUUGGGCUCGUUUUUAUCGUCGAUAUGGACCACUCCUACAGUGGCUCCGGGCGAAGGCCCCCUCACAUAACAGUCAAUUCGGGCAGUGGUGGAGAUCUGCUCAAUUCAUCUACUACCUCUCCUUCUACUGCAGGAACUCCUGGUCAAUCGAGGCAGUUGAUCCCGCCGCCGCGACCACCGACUUCAGGCUCGCAACAGUCACGCAUGGCUGCCCCUCAAGUAUAUGGCUCACCCGAUGUGGCUCAGUCAAAUGAAAUGCUACUUCCUCCUUCGAGAUCACGGCCUGCAGCGAACAAUCAAUCAUCAUCAUACUCCGACUAUCCUUUACCUUCUCCCUCAGUAUCAGGGUUUUCGUCACGCAGAACAAGUUGGAGCUCAGAGGCGGGAAGUCGAGACAGUCGAGCAGGACCAUUUGGCUCACCUUUUGAUGACUCGAGAGCUUCUUCGAGAGCCGGCGACAGCGAUGAUGAGAAUAUCAAUACACAAACUGUUUCCGAAAAAUAUAACAUCAUGCCAUCGGCAGGAUUAUUACUUUUCCCAGAAGAUGUUGAGAAAGACGAUUACCUUCACAACCCGGAUCCAAGUGAUAAAGACCUGGAUAAGUGCGAUAUAUGGAAUCGGAGAGGUCUUACAAACGUUGGAGGAUUGAUCUUCAUCGUCUUGGGCGUACUGGCCUUGUUCGUUGCAUAUCCAGUUGUUACAUUCGUGAAAGACAAAAUCGAUCCUACUCAUGGUGCCUGUGCAUCAGCAGCAGAUUGUUUAUCAGAUAAAGUUUCCCUUCUCAAGAAUGUGAGAACGGGUCUCAUAGAUCCGGAUACUCCAGACUCCGUCAAGAGCAAGACCGCUCACGAUGGCACCAAAUUGAAGCUUGUGGUAGGGUUUUCUACAUCAUGGAUUUCUGACGAAUUCAAUACCGAUGGACGAACUUUCUACGAUGGCGAUGAUCCAUUCUUUCAAGCCGUGGAUAUCUGGUAUGGUGCUACUCAGGAUUUGGAAUGGUACGAUCCCGAUGCUGUAACGACCGGAAACGGCACUAUGAACAUCAAGUUCGACGCUUUUCAAAGUCACAACUUGAAUUAUCGCUCUGGGAUGGUCCAAUCGUGGAAUAAGUUGUGCUUUAAGGGUGGUCGUGUGGAAGCUAGCAUUUCAUUACCUGGCCGAGGAGAUUGGCCCGGUUUCUGGCCCGGUUUCUGGAGUAUGGGCAAUUUGGGACGACCCGGUUACCUAGCUACCACAGAGGGCAUGUGGCCCUACAGUUAUUGGGAUCAUUGCGAUUACGGAAUCACGGCAAAUCAAAGUUCAUCGGAUGGUAUCAGUUGGUUACCCGGUAUGAAGCUGCCAGCUUGUACGUGCCAGGGCCAAACGCAUCCUUCAAAAGGUAAUUCUCGAUCAGCACCUGAAAUUGAUGCACUAGAAGCCAGCAUUGCAUUCAUGACGGAGAACUGGGGAACGGGUACAGGUUUCGCAUCUCAAUCUUACCAGAUUGCCCCAUUCGACAUAUUCUACAUGCCCGAUUACAACUAUGUUGAGGUUUAUGACAACGAACAGACUUCUGUGAACACCUACCGAGGUGGAGGUUAUCAACAAGCUAUGUCUUCAGUGACUUGGCUCAACAAUGAUUGGUAUGAUGGCCACGGAUAUCAAACGUAUGGAUUUGAAUACACUCCUGGAUCCGAGGGACAGGUGACAUGGUUCGUUGGUGAUCAGUACACUUGGAAAAUGGAUGCCCGUGCAUUGAGGCCAAACGGAAACGUUGGCCAACGAACGAUGCCGGAGGAGCCUAUGACUGUUAUCAUGAAUUUGGGAAUGGGCACCAGUUUCUCCGAAGUUAUGAUGCCUAAUUUGAACACUCUAUUCCCCGCUACCAUGCGUUUUGAUUACAUCCGGAUAUAUCAAGAAGAAGGAUCCGAAUCGGUCACUUGUGACCCUGAAGGAUACCCAACCACCGAAUACAUCGAAAAGUUCCCGAAGGCAUAUAAAAAUCAAAAUCAUACGACUUGGUCAGACGCUGGCUACUCGUGGCCUACAAAUCAAUUUGUCAACAAGUGCGACUAGCCAGCUACAAAUCAAUUUGUCGACAAAUGCAAGUAGCCAGCUACAGAAUAUGUCGACAAAUGCUAAAGACUCUUCAUUUCAUUCACAAACUUUUUGUAUAAAGGACGUACUUUGCUUUGCAAAAGCGCAAAAGCGAAUCAUAUACCCCUCGAGACGUGGCACGAAUAUUCACACGCCAAAGGACAUAUAGAAGGCGGUCGGACAUGGCGGCGCCUGGCGAUUUCGAUUCAUCUUUUCUUUCACCGAAUAUUACAAAAGAGCGCGCGUUUUUGUUAUUAAUCUUGUUUUCUUCGCCUACAAAUACACAAUUGCAUAGCGGCGUCGGCGUUUUAUACUUUUCAGCAUCAAGCACGUUUAUUGAUUUGCCUUUCUAGCUUCACACCAACUGUUGUUGGUUAUGUUUAAAGUGCAUUUUGAAGCCUUUGUGCUAUCGCUGUUGUACAACAAUACCACUGGUUCAUAUUUUACAAGUUUUCAGUUUUCAGUUUAAGUUUUUGAGUUGACAGAUGGAGUGACCUUCACAACUCGAUUAUUGUGUUUAAUUUAGAAAGAGAGAUAACGGAGCUCUAGAUGGGUAUCUUUACCAAAAAAAAAAAAAAAAAAAAUAGGCAGGGGGAAGUUGGGGGAGUGGAAGUGAGGAUAAACGAAUGAAUGGAUUGACCUUAUUGACUGACUGACUUAACUGAUUGGAUUGGAUCAAUUGGUUUGGCUUGGCUGGCUUGGUCUCUGGUUUGAUAUUGUAUUUGAUUGGAUUUUGCAAUGUGGGUGGGAUCCUUUGAUCGACUUUGAUAUGAAUAGUUUGGAAUGACUGGGCUGAAUUUAAAUGAAUGGGUGUUUAAGAGAAACUCGAAAGAGAGGUGGAAAUUGGGGUUGAGAGUUCGCGAGGCAAUGAGCGAAUUUGAGGAGCGAGGUGUCGAAACCUUUAGAGGGUGUACCCAUACCAAUACCGAUACCCAGUGUCAUGAUAGUAAAGAGACUUCAAUAAUAUUUCACUGGGCUUCUUCACGUGUUUCUGAUGUUACAUAAUUCAACUGUUACAUAUGAUUGCAAUUUUCGGAGUGUGGAAAGUCAAGACAGGCAGACGAUGAACAUAAAAGACACAGAAACACGAUCUAUAUAUACAAUGG